AUGCACCUUAACCUGGGCUAUGAAGGCAGCUGGAUGACUGUUGAUAUUUUCAAUCUUUUGGCGGAGCAGCGUACCCUGCGCCAGUUUAGUGGGAACGCCUUGGUCAAUAAACACAUACUGGAAUCCCUGGACAACCCAUCACCUUUUAUGACUUUACAUUAUCUCAUUAUAUCAGUGACAUAUGAUGCCAUCCCGUUGCCAUUACACAUGGUAUCGCCAGUACGGACCCUCGGUUUGAAGGUCAGGUUGAGUGAAAGUAGCGACUCUGAUGUUCCCAGCAGCACCAUAUUUCGGGACAUUUACAAGCUGACGGAGCUACGUCACCUUGAGCUCUUGGACUAUGGCCCUAUUGCCGUGACAUCGAAUGAAGAUAUUCGGUCCCCUCGGCCACUUAACGCAACUGAGACAAUUGACCGUUUUAGACUUCCGGGUACCAGACUUUACGGAUAG